AUGGAUAAUUCAAAUCAACCAAGUUCAGAACCAGGACCCAGCUAUCCCAGCUAUCCACCGACCCUAGAAUCGACACCACCCUCUGAUCAGAAAUCAGACGAUUUGUUGAAUUUACCGUACAAUCCUGCUUUUUUACCAUCAACUCCGCUUCACUUUUCUACAAGUGAAUUGCCGCCAUAUCCAACCAGCAGUUCAAGUGCCUACUAUCCACAAGAUAGAAACAACAAUCCAAAGCAGCAACACCAAUUUAGCAAUGACCAGUUUCAGCAAGGAAAUUAUCCAGCGGCCAUUAAUGCCUACGUCCCUCAAAGUUUAUCAGCUGCAGCAGCUGAUCCACCCCAAGUUAAUGCAGCCAUUUGGAAUCAAAAUUCUUUAGGGAACAAUCUUACUGUAAAGGAGCACAACAAUAACGUGUCAGAGUUUACCGGGCAGGAAUUCAAACAUGCCAAGAAUCUGUGCAUUAUAGUGGUAGUUGUCAUUAUCAUUGUGUGCUUCUUUGUGGCAAUAUCUAAUGCUCCCUCAGCACCCCCAGAAACAUCCACCUCGGCCCACAGCAACCUGGCGUACAAUCCCGACUACACGCCCGCCUCUCCGCCGCCCGCCUACACGGCCGCCUCGCCCACUGCACCGCCCCUCUCCUUUCCUGCUGACCAUUCCCUAAAUAACAACAACAACGCCAAUGGCGACAGUAGCCACCACUACUACUACAACAACUUUCAAGGAGAGCCUAUCAAGCCGUACAGCCCGCCCAGUUUGCCCGCGGCCAGCUUUACCGAAGACCAAGUGGCCCCAGCAGCCCCAACACCAGCUCCACCGUUGCUGACGCACGCCGAUGGCAGUGCAGUGUCGCCGGAACUGGCCGCCCAGGCCCUGGCUGAAGUCGAGGCGGAACGUCGCACUACAAAGUACAAGAUUGUCAAAUUUCUAA